GAAAAAUUAGUAUUUUACAGGCUAAAGGGAAGUGGUGAAUAUGACAAGUUUUUUGAUGAAGGAAUUUAUAACUGUGCUGGUUGUGGAACUCCAUUGUAUAAAUCCUCAACCAAAUUUGACUCUGGCUGUGGUUGGCCUGCUUUCUUUGAGGGUCUUCCAGGGACGAUAAAUCGCUCUCCAGAUCCAGACGGAAGGAGGACGGAGAUUACAUGUGCUGCUUGUGGUGGACAUCUUGGUCAUGUUUUCAAAGGAGAAGGUCACAAGACACCCACAGAUGAACGCCACUGUGUCAACAGCGUUUCUGUCAAGUUUAACCCUGCAAAUACCUGAUCUGUUUUACUCUGAAAAUGGUGUCAUUUUCACCUUACCUUAAGGACUUGGCAAAUGGAAGAGGGCUGAAGCAAAUGUUUGUGAACAUGUUUAUGUUUAGUCUUGAAUGAAUAAUAGAGAUUCAUAUAACCGAUAUUAAACUAUUUCAAGACUGAAGUAUUUUCGUUUAUUGAUAUGUAUGUGGCUAUUCAAAGUCUAUAAACACAACCUAUAUCAACCAUUAUGGUUCGAGUUAGGAAUCACUCAAAACAAAUUGCUUCUUUGGGUACUUCUCCUUAGCUUUGUAAAACUUUUGGGUGGUAGAUUUAUUCACUGCAUACCCGCGCAUCAA